AUGGAACGCCAUCUCCUGAAAAGGCUCGCUGAUUUGAUAGCUUACAACAAGCGAGGCAUUGCGAUGCGCCAGGGAAAAGGGUUUCUUGCAAAAGCCCAGAAGGCUCGGGUUGAUCGCCAGUUGGUCAAGUUGAAGUCAAAGUUACAGCCGGAGCUAGCAAACUCCAGUGAGAAGCUCACUCUCGAGAAGCUCCAGAAAGCCUCCCACACUGCAACUGUCAAAUGCCCAUUGAGCCGUAUCUUCACGAGCAAAAGGAUCAGCAGCUUGGAAGACGAAGAAGUCGAGCGACUUGCCGCCGAGUCUUCUGCUACCCUGGAAGAGCGAGCUCGCCUGACUAGCGAGAUGGAAAUGUUGCAAGUAGAUUAUGAAGAGCUACGUACAAUAAUGAGGUUUGAGUAUGGCACAAAGAUUGCCUUAUUUUAG